UGGCUCACAAGGAGUGGGUUCACUAUUUUUAUUGUUAGAAAAAACUACAGUGUGGAGUUUUCAAGCUCAAGUGCAUUGAGAAGCCAAAUCCAAAUGUCUGGAGCUCAGCUGUAACAGAGACAAGAAUGGCUUCAACAUUGCAGUCGUUAUCACACCUGAUGGGCCAGUGGAUGGAUGUACAAGGAAUCAUGAUAUUUCUGUUUGUGCUGCUGUUGGUGAAACACCUGUGUGAUAUUUGUUCAAAGAUGCCAAAAAUGCCACCUGGCCCUUUCCCUCUGCCUAUCAUUGGCAAUUUUAUAAAUUUAGGCUUUAGAGAUCUACUGGGCUCCUUUCAAAGGAUUGCUGAGAAGAAUGGAGACGUAAGCACAAUUUACCUUGGAAGCAAACCCUGUAUACUGCUCACUGGAUACAAGAGUUUCAAAGAGGCGUUUGUGGAGCAGGCGGACAUCUUCACUGACCGACCGUAUUUUCCUGUAAAUGACAGGAUCUGUAAAGGGAAAGGUCUAUUUAUGUCCAAUGGGCACAUAUGGCAUCAACAGAGGCGUUUUGCUCUGACAACACUCAAGUAUUUCAGUUUGGGGAAGAAAACUUUAGAAAACUCCAUCUUGCAAGAGUGUCGCUUUCUCUGCGAUUCUGUACAGACUGAACAAGGUCUGCCCUUCAAUCCUCACCGUCUUUUGACCAAUGCAGUGGCUAAUAUAAUCUGCGGCUUGGUGUUUGGCCACAGGUUUGAGUAUGAUGAUCAUCAAUUUCAUCUGAUGCAGAAGUAUUUGGAUGAUGUCUUACAGCUUCCUGUCUCUAUCUGGGGUCUGUUAUAUGACCAGUUUCCCACCCUUAUGUCCUUGGUACCAGGAAAACAUCAGACAGCAUUUGCCAGCAUCUCUAAACUUCAUCCCUUCAUGCAGGAGGAAAUAGACAAACACAAGGAGGAGAGAGACCCAUCCAAUCCCAGAGACUACAUUGACUGCUAUCUGGAUGAAAUUGAGAAGUGUAAGGACAGUUCAGCCGAGUUCACAGAGGAAAACCUGAUAUACUGUGUGGUAGAUCUAUUUGGAGCAGGCACAGAAACCACCUCUAAUACACUCAGAUGGGCAUUACUCUACAUGGCCAAGUAUCCAGAAGUACAAGAGAGAGUCCAGUCUGAGAUUGAUCAGGUGAUUGGACAGACACGACAACCAUCCUUGGAAGACAGGAUGCACAUGCCGUACACCUAUGCUGUGAUCCACGAGAUUCAGAGGUUUGCAAACAUUGUUCCCUUUACGCCUCCAAGAGUGGCCAACAAGGACACCACAGUGGCAGGAUGUCCCAUUCCAAAGGGCGUAAUGGUGAUGCCAAUGCUAAAGCCAAUCCUACAGGACAAAAAUGAGUACAGCACUCCACAUGAAUUCAACCCUGCACACUUUCUGGAUGAAAAUGGCAAAUUUUUUAAAAAGGAUAAUUUCAUCCCUUUUUCAAUAGGUAAGAGGAUGUGUCCAGGUGAGCAGCUCGCUCGUAUGGAGCUCUUCCUCUUCUUCACCUCUCUGAUGCAGCGUUUUACCUUCCUGCCACCUGAGGGACAGACACUGAGUCUGAAAGCAACUCUUAGUGUCUCCUUUGGUCCUGAACCCUUCCAGAUAUGUGCUGUGCCUCGAUUGUAGAAUGUUUGUAACCUUACACCGUGGAAUCAGCUUACUUGUAACUGUAAUGCUACUCCUAAACCUGGUUUCAUCACUAGAUGGUGCCAGUGUUUGUUAUACAUGGUAGUGGCAGCUACAGCUCAAUUUUGACUGAUAUUCUCAAUAAAGACAAUGUUUCUACAAUAAGUAUAUGUACCCUAUUUAAAGUUGCCCUUCUCCAUUUAAUCAUUAAAAGGCAACACAACUCAAUGUUUCCACUAGG